AUGGAAGCUGCCGGCGCGCUCUCUGAUUUCCCAUGCCUCGUCAUUCGUGGCAUUUCAGACCAUUGUGACUCGCAUAAGAAUGAUAUUUGGCAUGGGUAUGCUGCGGCUGUUUCCUCUGCAUAUGCCAGAGAAUCACUCUCCCAUAUGCCUCUGGAGGAAACAAUCCCAAUUCAAAUCAACGCGUUCCUUCAGGCAGUCAAGGAUGGGAAAAUCGACGAACGUAAACUCUGGAUCCCAAUUGUGGGUCUUGAUGCCCGGGACCCUCGCACUGGCCGCUCCGCACUAUCGUUCGCGGCUGAAGGUGGGAAUAUACUGGUGGCCAAGAUUCUUCUUGAGAAUCAUGCCUCAGUCAAUGUCCGCCAAUAUGGUCGCCCAGGUGAUAAACGCUAUAUCGGCCCUGAAUGGACCAGUGGCCGGACAGAGUUGGGGUAA